GUAAUCAAUUGCUGUUGGCCGCCUAUUGUUUCUACAGUCGGUUUUUUUAUUAUUAAUUUUAGCGCCAAUUGCCAAUGCUAGAUAACUUUCAAAGAGCCGAGAAAAUCGGCGAAGGAACCUACGGAAUUGUUUACAAAGCGCGUAGCAAUCAAACAGGAAAGGAUGUAGCAUUGAAAAAAAUUCGCUUGGAGGGCGAAACUGAGGGCGUUCCGUCUACUGCCAUAAGAGAGAUAUCUUUAUUGAAGCAGCUGAAGCACAAAAAUGUAGUACAACUGUAUGAUGUGGUGAUAUCCAAAAACAACCUCUUCAUGAUUUUCGAGUAUUUGAACAUGGACCUCAAGAAGCUGAUGGAUAAAAAGAAAGAGGUCUUUACGCCGCAACUAAUUAAAAGCUAUAUGUAUCAGAUAUUCGAUGCACUGGGCUUUUGCCACACGAAUCGCAUCCUGCACCGUGACCUGAAGCCGCAGAAUCUCUUGGUCGACACAUCGGGCAACAUUAAGUUGGCUGAUUUUGGGCUUGCCCGUGCCUUCAAUGUGCCAAUGAGAGCCUAUACACAUGAAGUGGUAACGCUUUGGUAUCGAGCCCCGGAAAUAUUGCUUGGCACGAAAUUCUAUUCCACCGGCGUAGAUAUUUGGAGUCUGGGCUGCAUCUUUUCCGAAAUGAUUAUGCACCGUUCCCUCUUUCCUGGCGAUAGCGAGAUCGAUCAAUUGUAUCGUAUCUUUCGGACGCUUAGCACACCUGAUGAAAGCAAAUGGCCGGGGGUAACGCAGCUGCCCGACUUCAAGGCUAAAUUUCCUAGGUGGGAGGCCACCAAUGUGCCCUCUGCUCUACGUAACCACGAGGCGCACGAUCUCAUUAUGUCAAUGCUUUGCUAUGAUCCAAACCUGCGAAUUUCUGCAAAGGAUGCUUUACAACACAAAUACUUCAACAACGUUGAACACGUUUCGCACGUAGCGCUGCCAGUGGAACCAAAUGUUACGCCUCGUUCAAGCACUGCCACAAAUGAAACGGAACUUUUAACUAAAUGCUAGGCUGUCUAGUGUUAUUUUCUUAUAUGUCCGGCGAUUGAGCUGCGGGUGCAGCACGCGAGGAAGGAAGGUGCAUCGUCUGUGCGCUAUGAAUACUAGAGGAGUACAACGAUAGCAUGACGCGCGACGGCGAAAUUC